AUGGUGCUCCACGGCAACCAGGAGACGUUCAACCUGAACCCGCUGCUGGCGAACUGCAUCCUCAACCACGAGUACUCGCGGGUCCUGUGGGAGAUGGGCCCGUCGUUCGACAAGCUCGUCGCCGAGGCGCGGACCAAGGUCACGCACGUCGAGCCCUGGCAGCGGGGCACGUCCCGGACGCCGUCGACGGCCUUCUGCAUCGUCAUGCGCCUCUUCCAGCUGAACCUGCACGAGGGCCACGUCCGCGCGCUGUUGGACCAGCGCGACGCGCCCUGGGUCCGGUGCGUCGGCUUCCUCUACCUCCGCUACGUCUGCCCGCCCGGCGACCUCUGGAAGUGGUGCGAGGACGUGCUCCUCGACGACGGCGCGGCGCCCGUGGAGCCCCGGGGCGACGUGAGCCUCUCGCAGUGGCUCCGGGGCCUGCUCACGGACCAAAAGUACUUCGGGACCAUAUUGCCGCGCAUCCCGCUGAAGAUCGAGCGC